UGCUGUAAACUAUCUACAAUAGCUAUAAUGACACCAGCCCUCAGAGAGGCAGCAACAAAAGGUCAUGGUAUCCACUUGUCACCUUCUUUGUCCUCUAGAGCUAUGGAGUCUGAUACAACUUUGUGCAUGGAAAAUUCCAGAGCAGUCGAAGAGACGAUAAAGGAGGAUUCCAUCACACAGAUUACUUGCUCAGUCUUGGGGUUUCCCACUACUGAGCCCAACCUCAGUAAUGAUAUCUUCAGUGUAAAACACUUUGGUUCUCCACAGUCUUCCAGACAUUAUCAAUCUGUCUUAUUAAUGAGCACAAAUUCUCCAUUAAACAUAAAAAACAAAAACACUAAGCAAAGGAAUUCAGAAGAGCACAAGUGCUCCCAGAUGAGAAAUCUACUACAUAAUGGUGCUACCACACAGGUCAGUCAGAUUAAUAAUUCAGAACCUGAAGAGCAAGUCAGAGGGGAAACUUUAUCGGAGACCAUGACCCAGAGUUUGGCAGAAAUGCAGAGACUGUUGGAUUCAAAUGUAACUGAAUCCAAUAAUGUGGAAGAAAUGCAGCUUACAAACUGUAAAUGGUAUCGGAAGAAUGGCUUUUUGGAUAAGGGUCUACUAGUACAUGCUGAGACAAAAAAAAGGAAUUUAUUGCAUCAAGUUGUGCACGAGCCUUUGAAAGCAAUUGUGAGCUGCACCCCCACUAGUAAAGAAGAGGAGUUGAAUGCUCGCUUACUUCAGUGUGUCAGUAAGCAACAAGUUGUGCUCAGUCGAGCCAAAAGAGCUCAGAAACGUUUACAGAUACUCCUGGCAAAGCAUGUUGUCAAACACUGUGAUCACCAGCUGAAAUGCUUUGUGAAACAUCAGCUCCAAAGAAUGAAAGUUUUUCAUGAUCCAACCAGAUUUUUGGACAGUAGCUCCCUUGGAUGCACUGAAAUUAGGGCAGAAAACAGUAUAACUAACUUGGAAAAUAAUUCAAAUAAAGAAACACAGAAUGGAGUCGGCAUUGAACCUGGUGAAAUCUGGGGUUUUGCACACUCUGCUACAGGGCUGCUGUCUCAUGUGGAGAAAGAUCUGGACUCUGAUGCCACUUGCAGUAGCUCAGAUGAAGAUUGUGAUGAACAGACUGUCAGAAAAACUGUGGAAGCCAACUAUAGUUCUGAAUGGAAGUGGCUUGUAGACCGAGCUAAAGUUGGCUGCCGUUGGACAUGGCUUCAAGCCCAGAUUUCAGAACUAGAAUACAAAAUCCAACAACUAACUGACCUUCACAGGCAGAUACGAGCCACCAAGGGGAUGGUGAUCUUAGAAGAAUUCCCACGUCCAAAAGACAUUUUGAAGAAGCAAACACAAUUGACAAACCCAGAAGCUUUAUUAAACACCACGGGGAAUUCUCAAGCUAACUUUGAGAGACAGGAUUCUUUGCCGGAACACGAUUUUGAAAUGUCACCAAGCAGCCCUACUUUACUUCUACGAAACAUAGAAAAACAGAGUGCUCAGCUGAGUGAAAUCAUCAAUAAUCUAAUUGCUCCACUCAAUCUGUCCCCCACGUCCUCUCCUCUCUCUUCCAAGUCCUGUAAGCAGAAACAACUGGUCAAUGGCAUAUCUCUCAGAGCUUCAGACAACAAAGAGGAAAUGUCAUCUUCUAGUAGCCAGUUGCUUGAUCAUCAACACAUCAAAAAAAGAAGAAAAGACAGGACAAGGCUGAGAUCUCCAUCUGUAACUAUCAUGAGCACAUCUGCCCGAACAAGGCCACUUCAGAGUUUCCAGAAGAGGAAACUAUACAGAAUGAGCAGUGCAUGUUACUGGAGUCAACAGGCUUUGCUGUCUAGAGAUGCCUCGUUUCCAUAUAAUACACAGAUGCCUUGCAUGGCUCCAGCCUCCAUUUGGAGCAGUUCUGAGCAUGGUACAUCAUCCAGAAUAGUACAACAACAUAUACCAGAGGUGGACUCCUCUCUUCAUCCUGUGUUAUCAUUCCCCUCGGAUAUCCCUCUUCAUAUAUAUUUUGAAACAUUGUUGAAGGAGGACAAGAUCAAAGGAGAUCCUGUUGACACCUCAGCACUAGGGGUAGAGUUUAAAAUGUCUCCAUCCAAUGUACAUGCUUCUCUCAAACAAUGGAGCAGUGGCUAUUUACUUAAUUCCAAACCUCAAGCAGCAUCAGGAACAUCUGAACAGUUGUCAGAGGGAAGAAAGAAAAGGCACCUAAGUGAGACAGCGAUAGGAGAAAGUAACAGUAGGUUUGAAGCUUUUUCCUUUCAACAUGCAGAACCAGAAUCCCAUAAUGAUUUUACUGCCGUGACCCAUGUCAAUCUGAUGUCUAGAUCUACCCAAAACGCAUCAUCACAGCAUAACUCUAGACGGAGACUGAGAAGUGAGAGCUCCUAUGAUAUAGACAACAUUGUUAUUCCUAUGUCACUGGUUGCUCCCUCUAAAUUGGAGAAGCUGCAAUACAAAGAAAUCCUUACUCCAAGCUGGAGAGUUGUUGAACUUCAUCCUCUGGGGCGAUCUCAUGUAAAUGAAGAAGAGAUUGAAGAUCUGUCAGAUGAACUUUUUUCUUCACGUCAUGCAAAAUAUGAAGAGAGAGAGAAAGCAAGGUGGUCGUUGUGGGAACAGAGCCGAUGGCCCAGAAGAAAUAGCAGACCGUAUAGCAAAAAUGCUGAAGGACAGGAGGGCCAAGAUCCAGUACUGAAAGAAAACCAUCGCAACUCAUGUGUCUCACUGCGUUGUGCUGCUAAAGCUGCUUCUGAGCUUACUUCAGAAAUCCACAGUUCUGUAUGUUUAAGGGUCCCACAGCCUUCAAAGGAAAACCAAGAAGCAAAGUCUGAGCUGUGGGAACUUCGGGUUUUUCCGUUAAAGGAUGAAGACAUAGAAACCUUACGGUGCCAAGACCAAAUAACAAAUCAGACUGAAAGUUCAAGUGCAGCUUUCCACAGUGACUCCCUCUGCACUUCAUGUACUCCCAUCACUUUGCCAAACAAUGGCCAUCCACCAAGAAAACAAUCCACAGAAGAGCUGGAAGACUGCAAAAGUCUUUUCCUGGGACUCUGCAGCACAAGAAAACACAGGUGA